AUGACGGUCCUCGACGAACAUCGCACCGUCGGGCAGCUCGAAGAUGCACUCUCUGAUGCAUCAUUCUUCACGAGAAGGGGGAUGCAUUAUCCUUCUUUUGGCUCGCAUCCAGCAAUGAAGGAACUACGGAGAGGCCACACAGUUGGAACGCGUGCAUUGACGUGGAAUGCGACGGGUGAUGCUCUUAUCAGUUGUGGCCACGAUAAAAUAGCGCGUAUUUGGCACCCUGAGCGGACUAGCUUACUUAAGAUGGAUGUCUCUGCUUCAACUGAACUGACUGGCCAUGCGGAUCAAAUUUCGGCCAUUGCUGGUCACCCAACGAAUCCCAAUUUUAUCGCUACAGGGGCGCUGGAUAAGACAGUUCGGCUAUGGGAUCUCCGCACAAAAAAGUCAACGAGUACUAUCACGACACCUGGUGCUAAUAUCAACCUAGCCUAUCAUCCGGAUGGCUGCGUGAUUGCUGUCGGUGAUAAAAAUGAAAAUGUUAGCUUGUUGGAUGGAGACCGUGGUGUUUUUUUGCACACGAUUAAAAAUGGGACUGUCGAUCGUGAAGAAGUAUGUAUCUUAUACUCACCAAAGAUCAAUGAACUCGCAUGGUCACCCGAUGGAUCAAUGCUGCUUCUUCCCAUGGGAAGUGGAAAUAUCAGUUUCCUGAGGACACCCGAUACCCCUGCUUCAUUGAUAUCUGACCCGAAGGAGCAUUGUCCAUGGGAUUUGCAUCCAAAUUGGACUCGCGAUCUUGUCCGACCUACGCAUCCCGCUGCUAUAUUCUGCAUCAAGUGGGAUCGCAGCGGUCGACUCGUGGCGACUGCAGCUGCAGACAGCACGAUCAACCUAUGGGAUGCCUUUGACUGGACAUCGCGUCACAUAUUCUCCUCUUUCAAGUUCCCAUCGCGAAGCAUUGAUUUCUCUAGCGACGGAGAAUGGCUUGCUGCGGGUGGGGAGGACACAGAAAUCAGUUUGGUAAGUGCUUGCUAUGACUCAUUACAGAUGUCGACCGCAUCCGAAAGAAUUGUGCAUCAAAUCCAAGUGACUGCUACUAUUAACACGCUGGCAUGGCAUCCAUUUAAACCCUUGCUGGCGUACGGAGGCACCGAAACCACCGCCAUCUAUGGCAGUAAUACUAAUACGCGCUCCACGCCUAUCUGGCUCUAUAGCGUCCCUUAG